AUCGGCAGACGGCAAACGCCUGGUGAUCGUCGAGUCGCCGGCCAAAGCACGCACGGUCGGCGAGAUCCUGGGCAAAGACUACGUGGUAACGGCGUCGAUGGGCCACGUCCGAGACCUGCCGAAAUCGACGCUGGGCGUGGAUACGGACAACGACUUCACCCCAAGUACGUCACGCUCAGGGACAAACAAACGCUGGUUACCGAUUUGAAAAAGUCGGCCCUCAAAGCUACCGAAAUUUUCCUGGCGACUGACCCAGACCGCGAGGGGGAGGCCAUUUCGUGGCAUCUCCAGAACGCUGCCGGUUGGGGCGAAGGCGACCGCGUUCCGAAGCGAGUGGUCUUUCACGAAAUCACCAAACAGGCCGUGGAAGAAGCCUUCCAGCAACCUCGCGAGAUCAAUAUGCAGUUGGUCAACGCGCAGCAGGCGCGCCGGAUCCUGGACCGCCUGGUGGGUUAUGAAAUCAGUCCGUUGUUGUGGCGUCGUGUGCAACGCGGGCUUUCUGCCGGCCGCCGGGUUCAGUCGGUUUCCUUGCGGAUGAUCGUUGACCGGGAGCGGGAGAUAGCCGUUUUCGUACCCGAGGAAUGGUGGACUCUGGAAGCAGACCUGCAUACCCCGGAAUCGUUUACGGCCACGUUGCACUCAAGGACGGGCGCGCGCCGCCGCAUAUCCAUCGCUAACGAGGACGCCGCCCGGGCAUUGGAGGCAGAACUCUCCGGCGCUGAAUAUUCCGUGGAAAGCGUUGAGCAAAAACCGCGCCGGCAGCGUCCUUCGGCCCCAUUCAUCACCAGCACCAUGCAGCAGGACGCAGGCCGCAAGCUGCGAUUCACCGCCCAGCGCACGAUGGCCGUGGCGCAACAGUUAUACGAAGUUGGGCUAAUCACCUACAUGAGAACCGACAGCGUCAACGUGGCCGAAUCCGCCGUGCGAGAAGCGCGCGAAUUCAUCGGAGAACGGUACGGGAAAGAAUUCAUUCCCGACAAACCACGGGCGUAUCGCACGCGCAGCAAGAACGCUCAGGAAGCCCACGAAGCAAUUCGGCCGACGUCCACCCGACGCGAUCCGCGCAGCAUGGCAACCUAUCUGAACCCGGAACAGCUGCGGCUUUACACCUUGAUUUGGGAACGGAUGGUCGCCAGCCAAAUGUCGGAUGCCGUUCUGGAAGCCACCACCGUAGCGCCGUCGGACUCACAGUUCCGUUUCCGGGCCACUGGUUCGGUGCUGCGCUUCGCGGGAUUCCGAGCGGUCUACAUGGAGGGACGGGACGAUGCUGGCGACAAUGAGGAAAACGCGCUGCCUCAACUAUCAACCGGCGACGCGUUGACCAACGAAAAGUUGGCUGCCAAUCAACACUUCACGCAACCACCACCGCGUUACACGGAAGCCACGUUGGUGCGGGCAAUGGAAGAGAAGGGGAUUGGUCGGCCCAGCACCUAUGCGCCAACUAUCGCCACGCUCAUCGACCGGGGAUAUGUGGAGCGGGAACAAACCCGGUUAUCGCCAACGCGAACGGGUAUCACUGUUACCGACCUGCUGACCGAGCACUUUACCGACGUGAUGGAUCUGGACUUCACCGCCCGCAUGGAGGAAGACCUGGACGACGUGGCACAAGGCGAGCGGGAAUGGGUUCCGGUGCUGCGCGACUUCUACCACCCAUUUCACCAGGCGGUGGACAAGGCCAACGAAACCUUUGCCAGCGCCGAGGCGACGGAUGAGGUCUGCGAGAAAUGCGGCGAGCCAAUGUCAAUCAAAACUGGUCGCUUUGGGCGGUUCCUGGCCUGUACCGGAUAUCCGAAAUGCCGGAAUACCAAAGACAUGGGCGACAACCCGGACCGGCCAUUCGAGGAAGAAACCGACGAAAUUGCGAAAAAUGCGAACGGCCUAUGGUGA